GACGGGCUUGUCAUGGCCGAAGAGAAGCAUCGCAUGCUGUUCCAAGGCCAGGAUCCCAGUCAGGAUCUGCAGAAACAGCGACCAAUGUCCUUGUCGCCAUCGGAGCCGCCCACCUACGAUGAUGCAAUGCAAACGUCUGCGACUCUGGAUAGUUUGGACCACCACACCGGCCGUCGAAGAACCUUUUUCGCGGAGCCCCAACAUCUGAGGUCCAGGGUGGAGGAGAUGCCGAUGCCCCAAAUUGAGGACGAGGAGAGCGUGCAAUCGGUUGGAUUAUCGGAGCACAAUCACACUGAGCACCUCGCCGUGCCACCUGUGAGAAAUUUCUUUAUCCUGAGUCCGCAGCCCAAACUGGGCAGCCAGGCGACGGACAUCGUGUGCCCAGCUUGUGGUCAACGGGGAGUAACCCGAUUGAAGAGGUCACCAAAUGCUCGCACCAACCUUUGGGCCCUCUGCCUGUGCACUUUUGGUUGGUGCUGCUGCGCUUGCUUGUGUCCGUAUUUAUGGAAUGGCUGCCGGACAACGAAUCAUUACUGCUCCGCCUGCGAGAUCUUCCUGGGCGCACAUUAUCCGAGGAGCUGCUGCUGCCGGCGGCGACGGCGGUAGUCCGGAAAUAUCCCGCAGUAUCGCAGCCGGGGAAUCCGGCCGCUAAUUGUGAAUGUUGUCAGUGUGUGCGAAUAAAGCUGAGUGGGCGGCACGCUCUUCUGACCACAAGGACUCGGCUCUUAUUCGCUUGUAAUGAGGAACACAGUGCCGGGCGCGGCCGGAAAUUGUGCGCCGUCAAAUCGAAUUUGCCUACCUAUGCCCAUCCGCCAUCGUCCUUCGUCCUUUGUCCAUCGCACAUCGCACAUCGCCCUCAAAACGCAAUCGAUCCACCAACAGUCAUACACCAUUUCCAUUACCAUUGCCAUGCCCCGCCCCGUUGCCCAAAUGAUGCAUAACUGGCCCAAACAAAUGGCCUCAUCAUCACUCCGUUCCGCACAUCCUGCCACCGAGAGCGGGUUCUUGUGCACGCUGCUCGUCAUUUGAUACCCUGCAAAAAAAGGGCAUUCGAUUUAGAUUUAGUAACUAAUAUAUAAUAUUGAAGCAAAUAAACAUUUGUCUAAGAAAUA